AUGGCACCCAAAUCGAUGAUGUCGCAUACCAACCCUGCAACUCCGACGGCUCACGCGACUCCGUUUGUUGCGGUACGAACCACUAAGGCGCCGGCCACACGAAUGUCGCAAACGACGUAUGCGAUGCCAAUGGUCUUUGCCAAAAUUUCGAGGCUUUUGAUGGCACAAACGGUGGCGUGA